GGGGAGGCGAUGCAGGGCCCUCAGGGCUGAGGGGAGUUGUGACCCGCUGGUCAGGGGACCAGCAGGAGUCAGCCAGGCCUCCUCGCCGGGCGCCUCCGUCCAGCCCAAGUCCCGCCCUGGACACACCCCUGACUCACUUCCUCUGCGUAGAAGCGGAAACUUUCCCCGGCUUCCUCCGCUGGUCACUCCCUGGGGACCGCAGGUGCCGCUGCCCUCCGGCCUGAGCCGACCCCAGACCCCUGACCCGCCGGCCUUCCGCUUCCUGAGCCGCAGCCUGCGCCCCAAGGGGCUGCCCGGGGGCUGGGGUCCAGCAGGAGCUGGCCUGACGCAGCUGCAGGGAGGGCGACCUGCAUGCGGAGCGCCGCCCGCGCGCCAUGGACCGCGGCCAGCCCAGCGCGGAGCCCGGGGCCGCGGAGCCUGUGGCCGCGGAGCCCGGGGCCUCGGAGCCCGGGGCCGCCACUCCCCGCGCCCCCGGCCGGAGCGUGAUGGCGCCGCUGCGCGCCGUGGUCCGCCUGCGCCGCCGCGUGUGCCUCCAGCGCAAGCGGCGCCCCCUGACGCCGGGCGCGGGGCCGGACGCGGGGGCCCCGGCGCCUCGCGCGGGCGCGGAGCAGCCGCAGUUCUUCACCUUCGACGGCCCCGCCGAGCUGGCCUCCAGGGCGCCGCCGUCGCGCAAGAAGCGCCGGCGCAGCCGCGUGGUGCUCUACCCGGACUCCGCGCGCCGCGCCCGGCCGCGCGCCGAGCACCGCAGCCGCGCGCAGAGCUGCCUGCUGCUGCUCGUGGCCAUCGUGGGCUUCCAGGUGCUCAACGCCAUCGAGAACCUGGACGACAACGCGCUGCGCUACGACCUGGACGGGCUGGAGAAGGCGCUGCGGCGCGGCGUGUUCGGCCAGCCGGCCGCCGUGGGGCGCGUCGUGGCGCUGCUGCGGGACUACCUGUCCACGCACGUGCACAGCCGGCCGCUGCUGCUGGCGCUGCACGGGCCGAGCGGCGUGGGCAAGAGCCACGUGGGCCGCCUGUUGGCGCGCCACUUCCGCGCGGCGCUGGAGGACGGCGCGCUGGUGCUGCAGUACCACGCGCGGCACCACUGCCCCGCGGCGCGCGCCCCGCAGGCCUGCCGCGAGGAGCUGGCGCACCGCGUGGCCGCCGUGGUGGCGCGGGCCGAGGCGGAGGAGAAGACGCCGCUGCUGGUGCUGGACGAGGUGGAGCAGAUGCCGCCGGCGCUGCUGGACGAGCUGCACGGCCUCCUGCAGCCGCAGCGCCCGCCGCGCUUCCGCAACGCCGUCUACGUGCUGCUGAGCAGCGCGGGCGGCGCCGAGGUGACGCGCUUCGUGCUGCAGAACGCGUCCCGCACGCCCGCCGCCCGCGCCCGCGCGCCCGCGGAGCAGCGGCGGGAGGAGGAGGAGCUGCGCGCCGCGCUGCAGGCGCUGCUGGCGCGCGCGCACCCGCUGUGGCAGGCGGCGGCCGUGGUGCCGCUGCUGCUGCUGGACAAGCGCGACGUGGUCAGCUGCUUCCGGGACGAGAUGGCGGGCGAGGGCUUCUUCCCCGAGCAGGCCCGCGCCGAGCGCCUGGCCGAGCAGCUCAGCUACUACCGCGUGGCGGGCCGCGAGUUCGCCGUCACCGGCUGCAAGCAGGUGGUGGCCCGCGUGAACCUGCUGUAGCCGGGCCCCGGCGCCCGACAGACUCCGGGGGGACCCCGGGGCGCCCGGGGAAGGCGGGGAGCGGACCCCUGGUUUUGCCCCGCGCCCGAGGCCCCAAUAAACCAACUUCCCAGCCCUCCCCGCUGCCCCUCCGGGUUCUGGACUCGCCACAUUCCGCCGCCCGCCGCGUGCCCACGUGCAGGCUCCGGGGAUGGGCGAUGCGUUCCCGGAACCCGGGGACGGUCUCGGGGUGAGCGGCUCUCCCGGUCACACAGCCGGUUGGUUGCCUGGCAAGGUGACCAGAUCGUCCGGCUUUUUGCGGGACAGUCCCGAUUUCUAACAAUUUUAACGCGUCCCGCGGCGUUUUAAAAAAAAGUCAGAUUUUUUGAAAGAUUGGAAAGAUUCUGGUCACCUUGCUGUAGAGCUGAGUGUGACCCCAGCCCCGGGAGCUGCGGCAGCCCCUCUCCGCACAAUCACACACGUGCGCGCGCACACGCUCACACAAACACACACACUCACGCUCACACACACAC